UUUUUAUAUUAAUUACUUCAUUUUGCAAGCAUACAAGGAAAAUGAAUGGAAUGCUCAAACAAACUAUACCAUCAGGAUUCAAAGCAGCACUUCUCUGUUGCCAAAAUUGGCAUAAUAGACAGGGAAUUCCCUAUGGACUAGGUCCUCUGUAGCUGGUGCCCAGCGGUAAUGUUAGUGUCUAAACUGCAUAGUUUUUCCCAUAAGGCUGUGUGUGUCCCUCAAAACUGGCAAGCCACUACUAACCUUGACCCUCUUUAAGGACAUUGGUAGUAUUUUAAAAUUACUAGUUUUCUGGGUAUAUUUUAGUGCUAUAGACUGCAAUUCCAAAUUAGACUUACUUUUAGUAUAUCAUUUUACACUGUUAAUCUAUAAUUCAACACCUGAGCACACCAAGGGAGGCAGUGUUGUGAACUGUGCUCUGUAAACUACUUGGUGAAACCGUGCUUUGUAGUUUUAAUAUAUAUAAUUGUAUUUAAAAUCCAGCAAGACUUAGUUUUGUGCCUGAUUUUCUUUGACAAUAUGGAUUUUUUUAUCCGAGGGUUGCAGUUGAUCGCCUUUUGAUACCAUAUUAAUAUGUUUGUUGCUGCUACCAAGAGCUUUGUCAAGCAAGUUGGAGAUGGAGGGAGAUUAGUUCCGGUACCAAGCCUCAGUGAGGCUGACAAAUACCAACCUCUAAGUCUGGUGGUAAAAAAGAAACGAUGCUUUCUGUUUCCCAGAUAUAAAUUUACCUCGACACCUUUUACAUUGAAAGAUAUUCUUCUAGGAGACAGAGAAAUUUCAGCUGGUGUUUCAUCUUAUCAGUUACUGAAUUAUGAGGAUGAAUCAGAUGUUUCACUCUAUGGAAGACGAGGCAACCAUAUUGUGAAUGAUGUUGGGAUUAAUGUUACUGGAUCAGAUUCUGUGGCAGUAAAAGCGUCAUUUGGUGUAGUAACCAAACAUGAGGUGGAAGUAUCAACAUUACUCAAGGAAAUUACUACACGAAAAAUUAAUUUUGACCACAGCUUGAUACGUCAGGCAAGGAGCAGCAGAAAGGCAGUCUUGUGUGUGGUCAUGGAAAGCAUUCGAACCACACGACAGUGCUCACUGUCUGUGCACGCUGGAAUUCGUGGGGAAGCCAUGCGGUUUCAUUUUAUGGAUGAACAGAAUUCCAGGGGAAGGGACAAAGCUAUUGUUUUUCCAGCACACACAACCAUAGCUUUCAGUGUUUUUGAACUCUUCAUUUACUUGGAUGGUGCUUUUGACCUUUGUGUCACUUCAGUGACAAAAGGAGGAUUUGAAAGGGAAGAAACAGCAACGUUUGCAGCGCUCUACAGAUUGAGAAAUAUACUAUUUGAAAGAAAUAGAAGAGUGAUGGACGUCAUUUCUCGUUCACAGCUUUACUUAGAUGAUCUUUUUUCUGACUACUAUGACAAACCUUUCAGCAUGACUGAUAUUUCACUCAAAGAAGGGACUCAUAUCCGAGUUAACUUACUUAAUCACAACAUUCCAAAAGGACCUUGCAUACUCUGUGGGAUGGGGAACUUAAAAAGGGAGACGGUUUAUGGGUGCUUUCAGUGCUCUGUUGAUGGGCAGAAGUACGUGAGACUUCAUGCAGUUCCUUGUUUUGAUAUUUGGCACAAGAGAAUGAAAUAAAAUGAAAAAUAAAUGUACCUUCCUGGUAUUUUAGGUGCAACAGUGCCACGCAACUUUCCAAAAUUAUCUAGGUCCCCUUUUAUGGACGGUGGCAAAUUAAAAAGAGAGAGGAAAGAGCAGUUAACCUGUCUAGUUGUAAUGUUCCCCAUCUAUAAAGUGGAGAUGGUAAUAGUGUCUACCUCAUAAAUUGUUGUGAGAUUAAUAAUAUUUUUAUAUUAAAAAGGUUUAAAUAUAAUAUUCAGAAUAUAGAUGUUCCUUCAUAAAAUCUGCCAGUCACUUUUGAAGUAUUUUUGGGAUUUAGUCUAUCAUUUUAGGUAACUUUUUAUAUAGAGAUUUAUCCAAAUCUCAAUUUUAUUUUGAGAUUAAAAAAAAUUAAAAAUCAUGU